UCCAGUGAAAACAAUCCCGGGUCGGACACCGCCUUCGGCUCUGCCCUCGCUCCCUUCCUCGCUUCCUCCCUCGCUCAUUCCCCCCCUCCUCCCUCACUCCCUCCUCCCUCGCUCCCUCCUCCCUGGCUCCUUCCCUCCUCCCGCGCUCGCUAGUCUCUGCGCUUCUCUCGGCAGCAGGAAUCGGGCCGGAGCCGGGCGGGACGUCGGCGGGGACCAGAGGAGGAGGUGCAAGAGUGCUAAAAUCUUAUUAAAACUACAACUAGGAUGGACAGUUAUUUUAAAGCUGCUGUCAAUGACUUGGACAAACUUCUUGAUGAUUUUGAACAGAGCACAGAUGAACAUGAUCAUUACCACUCAGCAGAAUACAAUUCCAACUACUGUUCAAUUUCUUCAGAAUUGCCUUCUUCACAACUAGUCCUUCCAGCACCCAAAGAUCAACAAUGUUUUAGUAGUGGCACCACCUCAGAAAUAUUCUAUGGAACAAAUCAGGCUGCAAAAAAUGGAAAAAAACUUGGAGAAUUAACAUCUUCAAUUCAAAAUGAAAAAAACGUAACAGGUCUUGAUCUUCUUUCAACGGUGGAUGGCGGUUCUUCAGAUGAAAUCCAGCCUUCAAGCCUGGGACGAUGUGGUAUACCAGUCUGUGACCUUAUCAGUGACAUGGGUAAUUUGGUUCAUGUAACAAGUAGUCAUGAAGAUAUUCAAACAUUACUGCCUGAUAAUUUCCAAGCCAAUACAGAUUCAUUGAUUGGGUUGGACUUGUCUGUUUUACCAGCUACUGUUUGUGCUUCAUCUGAAGUUGGUGGAUAUGAUGAUGUUUCAGAUGAACAAAAUGAUGAAAGCAACUCUAUAUUACAAAAACCAGAAAAUGUUGCAACCAAAGAAUUGAGUUUAAAAAUAGAUACAGCAUUUUUAGAGUCAUGUGAUCACAAUAGAACAGCCACCUUAGAAGAUAGAAAGAUAAAUGAUCAACUAGAACAAACUCAUGGCCUUAACUCUGCAUAUGCCUUGACACAACAGAAUCCCAAAACAUUUGAUUCCAAAGACAAAAAACACAACUUGCCUUGUGAGUUGUUUCAAGAUGAUAAAUCUUUGGUAAGACAGGAGGUAAAUGUGGCAAGCAGAAAUCAAACAUCAGAGUCCAAGGAAAUAGACAGCAUGAGUGUUAUAGCUUGUGAUCUUCCAAAAAGUGAAGGCUUAUGCAUAAAUGACUCAAAUUCAAGAGAUGAAAAGUGUAGCUUACCUGACUCUUCCUCUCAGGAGGAUAGGAUUCCUUUAUUUAGAAAACAACUUACAGAAGAAAAUUCAUGUAAUUUAGACCUUAAAAGCAACAGCAAUAUGCUCCAAGAUGCCUCUUCUACUUUAUAUGUUUCUAGUAAAGAAGUAGAAUCCUCAUUGUCUUGCCUUCCAAUAUCUGUGUCUAUGUGUGGCUCCCUAAUUGAAAAUGAAGAUCAGAGUGAUAUUUUGCCUAAGAAGGAACAAGUUGAUAGCAUAGGACAAGAUGUCGUAACUGUACAUGAAGACAUACCCAAGAGUAUUGUUUUAGAUGAGGAACCAUUUAAAGACACUGAACCCUCUAAACAAGAUGAAUGUACAAAUAUAAUUGACCAAAUGUUUGUUGAAAACCUGCCAGGUGGAAAGGUGGAUCCUGGCCAGAUAAUUAGCAGAACUGAGCCUUCUGAACACCAUUACACUGAUUUUUCUAUCGCAGCAGACUCCAAAAAAGAGCAUUCUGAUGAUGAUAUUCUGUCAUGUAAUGACCAUCCUGAAGGUAAUACUUUUCCAAAUAGUGGUGGAGUUAGGCAGGAAUUAGAUUACUUUAAUAUUGAUGAAGACUUAACAAGCGACACUCUGAUUAGUGAUGCUGAACUUGAUGCCUUUCUAACUGAACAGUAUCUUCAAACCAUUAUUGUAAAGUCUUUGGAAGAAGAUGCAGAUAAUGUGGGUUCUCGCUUGAAUGAAAUGAAUGUGAAAGAUCUAGAUAGUGAAAAGACCAUCAAUAUAUAUUUAAAUAAUAAAGAGGUAGUAAAGAGUGGGGUUUCUCAUAUUACUAGUAUUUGUGGAACUGUUGAUAAGCAGUAUACAUCAGAGGAUGGUGGUCAGUCUUUAGGAGAAAAAGGUAUAUUUCCUGUUCAGCAAGGGAUGGCUAACAAGAAGCCUGAAGUGGUUAAUGAAUUGUCUGACUCUGAUAUUAAUAGUCAGAUGGCACAUGUUGGAGGAGCCAGACCUAAGCAAUUACCUAAUUUUCAAUCAAGAACAUUGAGUCCAAAGGAUCUGAGCAAGCCUAAAACACAAAAUGUAGCAGAAAUGGAACCCAGUGUAGCAAACUCUGUCGCCUCCAAAACUUGUUCUCUGGACACUGCAGCUGAACUUAACAUUAGCCACAAUGUUGAUGUUGAAAAUAGCUCAGAAGCUGGAGACAAUUUCACACCAACAAACAAAGACCGCGUUCCUUUGCCUGAAAAGGCUUGUAGAGAAGGUAUGGUUUUAGGGCAAAAACAGCCUUCCUGGAUUCCUGAUUCAGAAGCUCCAAACUGUAUGAACUGCCAAGGCAAAUUUACUUUUACAAAGAGGCGCCAUCACUGCCGAGCAUGUGGAAAAGUAUUUUGUGGUGUCUGUUGUAGCAGGAAGUGCAAACUCCAAUAUAUGGAAAAAGAAGCAAGAGUCUGUAUUGUCUGCUAUGAGUCUAUUAGUAGGGCACAGGCAUUUGAAAGAAUGAUGAGUCCAACUGGUUCCAAUACUAAAUCCAGUAUUUCCUCUGAAUGUGGCACAGCCCAGACUUCUCAGGAUAACCUGAUGUCCAGUGCACCUAACACCCCUUCACCUUCAGCUUUACCUACCUCAGCACUUAAACAACCAAGUAUUGAAGGUCUGUGUUCCAGAGAACAGAGGAGAGUAUGGUUUGCAGAUGGUAUUUUGCCUAAUGGUGAAGUUGCAGAUACAACAAAAUUAUCUUCUGGAGGCAAAAAGUGUUCUCAGGACACGAGUCCUGUCUUACCUGAUGUGCACAUGAUUGUAAAUGCAUCGGAUCUUAGGCCUUCUUUAGAAGCAGAAAAGUCCAAAGAUGAGAUAGCAGAUACUGCAAGACAAGAGAAAUUACAAAGUCCUCAGGGUUCUGUAGUCCCAUCUGUGGAAGAAUUGCCCAUUAAUGCUGUAACUGAGAUGUUACAGAGUUCUCUUUCUUCUUUUGUACCUGACAGUGAAACACCCAUUUCUACAACAGUUGAGAAAUCGAAUUCUAUUUCAGUCGCUCCAGCACACAAUGAUUUAUCUGCUGGUAGUUCCUCAGAUUAUAGGUUGCUGUGUGGUAUUGAUAAAUGUGUUAGGAAAGAUAUCAACCUUAUACCUAAUGAUGAGGAUGGUUUGCCCCCUCUCCUAGUUGCUGCUGGAAAAAAAGGAGAAGAUCCUGUAGUAGAUGAAUGUCCAUCUCAGGAGGAAGUCAUUUCACGCCUUGAACAUGGAGGAUCUAGUCCAGUUACAUUUAUCCUAAAUGCCAAUCUUCUUGUGAAUGUCAAGUUAGUAAUUUAUUCUUCAGAAAAAUAUUGGUACUUCUCAACCAAUGGACUACAUGGUUUGGGUCAGGCAGAAAUUUUUGUUCUUUUGUUCUAUUUGCCAAAUGACAAUACAAUUCCCAAGGAUAUCUUCACUCUAUUUAUCAACAUUUAUAAAGAUGCAGUAAAAGGAAAAUACAUAGAAAACUUGGAUAGCAUUACCUUUGCUGAAAGUUUUCUUAAUAGCAAGGAUCAUGGAGGAUUCCUAUUUAUUACACCUACUUUUCAGAAACUUGAUGAUCUCCCAUUACCAGCUAGUCCUUUCCUUUGUGGAAUUCUCAUCCAGAAGCUGGAGAUUCCUUGGGCGAAAGUUUUUCCAAUUCGCUUAAUGUUGCGAUUAGGAGCAGAAUAUGGAGUAUAUCCCACACCUUUAACAAGUAUCAGAUGUCGAAAACCUCUUUUUGGAGAAAUAGGACACACUAUCAUGAACUUACUUGUUGACCUCCGAAAUUAUCAAUAUACUUUGCAUAAUAUAGAACAUCUGUUGAUUCACAUGGAAAUGGGUAAAAGCUGCAUAAAAAUACCUCGAAAAAGAUACAGUGAUGUAAUGAAAGUCAUAAAUUCUUCUAAUGAGCAUGUCAUAAGCAUUGGAGCUAGUUUUAGUGUAGAAGCUGAUUCUCAUCUAGUCUGUGUUCAGAAUGAUGGAAUUUAUCAAACACAAGCCAACAGUGCAACUGGCCAUCCCAGAAAAGUGACUGGUGCAAGUUUUGUGGUAUUCAAUGGAGCCCUAAAAACAUCUUCAGGAUUUCUUGCAAAAUCCAGCAUAGUUGAAGAUGGUUUGAUGGUACAAAUAACUCCAGAGACAAUGGAAGGCUUACGGCUAGCUCUAAGAGAUCAAAAAGACUUUAAAAUUACAUGUGGGAAAGUAGAUGCGGUAGACUCAAGAGAAUAUGUGGAUAUCUGCUGGGUAGAUACUGAAGAAAAAGGAAACAAAGGUGUUAUUAGUGCAAUAGAUGGAAAAUCAUUGGAAGGAAUUCCAAGUGAAAAAAUAAAACAGGAAGCAGAUUUUGAAACUGAUGAGAAACUUGUAAAAUGUACUGAGGUUUUCUAUUUUCUAAAGGACCAGGACUUUACAAUGUCAGGAAGUCGUUACCAGUUUGCUAAAGAGAUAGCAAUAGCUUGCAGUGCUGCACUUUGUUCACAUCUGAAAACUCUAAAAAGUAAUGGGAUGAAUAAGAUAGGACUCCGAGUUUCUGUUGGUACAGACAUGGUUGAAUUUCAAGCAGGAUCUGGAGGCCAGCUUCUUCCUCAACAUUACUUAAAUGAUCUUGAUAGUGCUCUCAUCCCAGUGAUUCAUGGUGGAACCUCCAACUCUACUGUUUUACCACUGGAGAUAGAGUUAAUGUUUUUCCUUAUAGAAAAUCUAUUUUAGCAAAAAUAAGUGUGCUACUAUGCAUUAGGAACUGAUUUGUUAGAAUUGACUUCAGCACCAAAGCUGUAAUGAUAUUGACGCUAAAAGGAUGUUGGAUAUGAACACGUUUGAGCUUAGCUUUUAUGAUGAGAUUAAAUUUUUAAAAAUCCUAGCACAGUAUAGAUAACCUAAAAGUUUCAGGUUUCCACCAUUUCUAAAACUUUACACUUAUUAUAGGUACUCAAAAAAGGCAAAGUCUUCUUUUGUCUUUGGGAAAAUCUGCAACAUUUACUGUGCUGGUUUUAAUGCUAAGCCAAAGUAUCUACAGUUAGUUAUACCUCUUUAAGUCCACAACGGUUUUAAUGAAGAUUCUUAAUAAAGGUCAUGUAAAUCAGGAACAAUCUCUUUUGCAUAUAUGCAAAUAAGAUGUCUCCAUUUACAAAUCUCUAUUUCAGUGGCAUAGAACUGUUUUCACACCCAGAGUGUAUAAGUACCACAUGAUGCUGAUUUGUAUUAUGAGCAUCAGUUGUCUCUGUACUUAAACUCUUGAGUAUUGGCUGAAGAUAUGGAUUUGGCCUUUUUUCUUCUCCAGAUUUAGUAUUUGGAUUUUUCCUGAUUAAUAUACAUAAAUCAAAUGAUUGUAGGUGCUUUAGGAACUUGUGCUUCUAUAUUUAAGUGUAUUGUUUUUAUAGAGAGAAAAUUACUCAAGUAUGUGUUUUAUAACUGUAUCUUUAAUAAUUAUAAAUGGGUGAUAUUUUUAUAUUAUGAUGAUUACUCCUCCCUCUAUAUUCCUUUAUAAUAUGCCAGUGUAUUUACAAUUUCCUCGAGUGAUUGACGAUAGGCCAGACAGAUGACCCUUGAAGUAGUCAUUAUGUAGCAAUAUAUGAAGCAUAAAGCAAGUUUCUUUUCCUUUCUCAUUAAUCCUUGAAAUCCCAUUUGGCAGGAGCCCUGUUUACUUUCAGGGGAAAACUGUUAAUAUCAAUUUUCAUGAACUACUUUAACAUAUUUGAAAUUCUUUGUAUAGUACUUAUUUUUGAUAAUGGGGUAUUAACAGAAGUUAAACUCUAUUUAUGUAUUUGCAUUACAAACAAAAUUUGUGCCUGAAUACAAAGGUUCAGUGAACCCUCCAUCAGGUUUAAUAAUUAACUGUUACUUAGCUUCCCUCUUUGCUACAAAUAGAACAAAAAAAUAGUAGUAAAGAAGCAAAAGGGUGCAUUUCAAUUGUGCUAUCAACUGGUUAUAUAGGAACCUAAUCAUCUAGCCUUUUUUGAUUCUCAUGUGGAAUAUUUAUAUGUUUUUGUAUCAAAAACACUCCUUAUAUAUAGCCCAAGAAACACCACACUAAUUAACCCUGUUUUAAGAAAAAGAAAUAUAUAACCUAACAACUUGAAUAUACACAGGUCAGAGUUAUACUCAGGAUCUGAAGUCUCAGGAUUGAAGAGAUUGGGGAUAUCUUGAACAAAGUAUCCAGUUUCUGUUGAAUCACACCUAUAAUAAUUAGCCUAAGAUAGCAGUGGUAGGGGAAUAACCACUCUUCUGAAGUAGCUAAUUAGCAGGUGUAAACAUUGUUAAAUUUGCAAUAUUUAGUGAAAUGGCAAUGUAAUAACUUGUGAAGUAUACUGUAAUUGUUAUUAGAUAAAGCAGUGUAUUAUCAAAUUGGAUUUGUUUCUUUUCUUUAGUUCGUAUUUAUAGACAUCAAAAUGAUUGCACAUUCUAAAGUAUAAUUAGAAUAUACUUUAUGGUUAAGUAACCAAAGAAACGGUUUGUAGGUGCCUUUCCCAUCAAGUUGAUGCAUUCAUAUUCCUCAUUUGCAUUUCAGACCAUAUUUGAAGUAUCUUGUACAUCUUCAUACAUUUAUUUUUCUGAAUAAUUUUCUGGUAAUGUUCUUCGGCAUGUUACUUGUAAUUCUUCAAGAUUGAGUUUAUAUUUUCAAGUGAAGAAAAAGACCUAUUUUGUCAAAACAUCUUUAUAAUUGUUUCUUACCUCCCUACUAUUACAAAAGUAGUUUGGGGUCUCUGAAUUUUGAGGUGAGAGCUACUUCUCACACGGUUUACAUUUCCUGAACAUGCACUGGCUGAAUAAAAUAAAAGCAGCUGAUAAAGGAAAAGGCCAGAAGACUAGA